UGUAUGAAGUUGUCCUUCUACUCCAAUCUAUUUUGCGGUCAAUAGGACCAUUAUAUUAUCACAAUAAUAACUUAGUGUACCGCGAGUGAUAGCGAAGACAAGUUGCGAACAUGCGGGCUUUUGUGAUUUUAGCUGCAUAUUUGGGCUUCGUAGCGGCAGAAUCUGAUUUUGUGACUAGAAAACUUUGCAAGGAUGUGGACGUGACUCAAUGCAGCGUACAAAGUGUGGUGGUGGACCCGUGUCCUCAGGGUCCAGCGUUCUGCACCAUGAAGAGAGACAAGACCUACGGCGUCACACUCGAUAUGACACCACAUUUCUCAGCGGAAAGCCUAAGGCUGUCGGUCACGAGCGACGUGGACGGCAGUGGCGACUUCUCGACGGUGAUCAAGUCUCCUGGCGAUGCGUGCAGACUGCUGUCCUGUCCUCUUGAAGCUGAGCAGAGAAGGAUCUUCGAUGUAGACCUAAUGAUGGAUAAAAGGGCUUCGGGAAAAUUCCCAGUGAAGAUAAAGUUGUGGAACGAAGAGAACUCCUCCCAGGCUUGCUGCGUCACUUUCAAUGUUAAAGUUAAAUAGAUUUAUACAUAUACAUAAGGAUAAUGUUUGAAUACUUGAUCUGUCUCCAUUUCAUAAUAAAUAAGAUAAAAUUGUA